UCCUGACCAUUUAGCGAAAUGUUAAUAUAACCGUUAUAUGGACACCAAGAAGACUGAUUCUUACACAUCUCAUCAAACAUUUCGUCAUUUUCUCCAAAUUUUCUCAAACAGUCGAGUCUAACCUUUUUCUAUAUUUUUGUUUUGUAAAAUACACUUUCGUGAUGGAUAAAGACCUUUCGCGGUAAUUUAAUAAGACUUUGCAUGAAAACUAUCACCAAACCUGGAAUAUGUUCUUUACUCAAGAAACGGUACCUAACGGAUUGCGGCGGAUCAACAGCCUGGAAAGGACUUAGACGUAAAUACUGUGUGGUCAGUCAGUUGGGAACCCGUGCAAACAUGGAAGCAAAUUAUUCAACGAAAGUCCCAGCGGUAAUCAUCCCAUGUAUGUGAGUCAAGCGACGGAUAUAUAGUUUCUGUGGUGGACAACGAGUGGGACUGUCAAUAUGUCUUUGCUCUUUGUAUCUGCCGUUUUCGUUAUGGUGACGAGGUGUUUCUGCCAAAUUGACCUAUAUAUUCUUGGACUUUUCCCCUUCGAGGGAUCCUGGCCCGGGGGGAUAGCGUUGUUGAACGCUGUUGAGAUUGGUCUGGAACAGAUUAACGAGCGUGCGGAUGUCCUUCCGGGAUAUAGGCUGAACCUGAUGUGGAAUAACUCAAAGUGUAACCCCGGCCUGGGGGUGGACAUCAUGUACCAGCACCUGUACUCCCCACCCACAAAGAUCCUGAUCCUUGGGGAUGGUUGUUCUGGGGUGAGCGAGGCCACGGGGCAGUCCUCACAUCUGUGGAACCUAGUACAGAUGUCGUACGUGUCUGUUUCCCCAUCCCUGUCCGAUAAGAAGAGGUUUCCACGUUUCGUCCGUUCUAAUUCCCCGGAUGUGGAUGUCAACCCGGCUCGGGUGGAGAUCUUCAAACAGUUCGGCUGGUCAAACAUCGCCACGCUGCACCAGUCCUUUGAACUCUUCUCAGUGCCAACAGAGGAUCUGAUGGUUCGUCUGAAAGAAGCCAACAUGACAAUUGUGAGAUCUGAGAUUAUCACAGGAAGUCCAGCAGUACAGAUCAAGGCUCUUUGGGAUGCUGAUGUGCGGAUCAUUGUGGGCAGUUUUUACGAAAACAUGGCACGACAGGUGUUUUGUGAGGCUUACAAGGUGGGACUUUACGGCAGUAAGAUCGUAUGGGUGAUCAACGGCUGGUUCGACGACUUCUGGUGGCUGGUUCCCGACGCCAGCGUGGACUGUACGCCGGAGGAGAUGUCGCGAGCAGUAGAAGGCUAUAUCGCUGUCGACAGACUCUACAUCAGCCCUAUAGAGAUCGCCGCCAUCUCCGGCAUAACCCCCUCACAGUAUCUGGCUAUAUACGCCAACAGGACCAACAACGUCAACUACCCUGGCACCAAGGCCGCACCCAUGGGAUACGACUCCAUCUGGGCCCUGGCGUUAGCUCUCAAUGACACCCUCACGGAACUUAUUGAUACUGGGAGCCCCAAACGGCUCGAAGACUUUGCCUACAAUGAUGACGAACUUGGCCUCCUUAUCUGGACCAAGAUGCUGAAUGUCAAAUACAGAGGGGUCAGGGGUCAAGUGGCAUUUAAUGAGAAAGGUGACCCCGUGGCUAUGUUCAGGAUAGACCGUGUUCAGGGUGGUGAGGUGCAGAUGGUGGGUCUCUAUGAUCCGAACCUGGUCGCCGAUGUGAAGAUCGAAUGGCUACCAGCUACACCCAUCGUAUGGGCAGGUGGAAAGAUACCGAAGGAUUCCUUGACGAUCUAUCUGACGACUACCCGCCUGUCCUUCUCUUUGUAUCUGUCCAUAUGCUGCAUCUCGGCGCUCGGCAUCGCCCUCAGCAUAUUCUUCCUUGCCUUCAACAUUCAUUAUAGAAAGAUACGCAUUGUGAAGAUGUCGUCGCCACGCCUGAACAACGUCAUCCUUUUCGGCUGUGUACUCCUCUACAUCACAGUGUUCUUAGAGCAGACAAAUAAUGAGCUUGUACCAGCCCUGUGUGUGUCCAAGGUGUACCUCCUGACGCUGGGCUUCUCCAUGGCGUUCGGUGCUUUGUUCGCGAAGACCUGGAGGGUGCACGUUAUCUUCACGAAUGCCACGAAACAGAAGAAGGUCCUGAAAGACAGUCAACUGUUUAUGAUGGUCGGAGUCCUGGUGGCAAUCAACACAGUGGUUCUACUCAGUUGGACCUUCAUUGACCCACUCGAGGUCAUUAACAACGACCUUGACCCAGUUGUGUACGAAGAUAGAGACAUCGAGAUACGGAGUCACGUGCAGACGUGUACGUCGACCAAUCAGAUCUACUUUGUUGGUACUCUGUUCGGAAUACAGGGAAUCCUACUGCUGCUGGGGACUUUCCUCGCCUGGGAAACCCGGAAGGUGAAAAUUGAUGGUUUGAACGACUCUAAGAUGAUUGGUCUCUGUAUCUACAACGUCAUAGUGCUGAGCUUCCUCGGGGCCACCGUCUCCAUGACCCUGGGGUCGCAGCUUGACCUCAACUAUGCCUUGACCUCCAUCAUCGUAAUCAUCGCUACAACCGUGACCAUGUGUCUCAUUGUUGUACCCAAGGUAAGUAAACCAUAUCUCAUCGUUGUACCCAAGUUUGGUACACAUCAUCUGUAUGCUCAAAGUAAACCCAUUAUGUCUCAUCCUUGUGCCAAAUGUCGAGAUAUUAUAGCAUUUGUGCCCGAGAUAAGUCUCUAUCUCAUCUUUCUGCCAAAG